AUGAGCGUCCCCCCCGGACGAUGGACGACAUACUCUGCAAUAUCCAAACAUCUCAACUCCGGACCUCGCGCAAUCGGAAAUGCAAUGAAGAACAACCCAUUCGCGCCUGCAGUGCCGUGUCACAGAGUCCUCGCUACAGAUCGAUCGUUGGGCGGGUACAAGGGCGAAUGGGUCAACGGCGGGCAGUAUUCGACGGAGAAGAUGAAGCUGUUGCUAGAUGAAGGGGUGGAGUUUGAUGGUAAUGGGAAGGCAAUGGGGGUUUGCUUUGUGGAUUUUGCUGAUGCCAAAUGA